AUGCGCCAAUUCUAUCGCCGCCCAUAUCCUCUUCCUCGCUAUAUGCAGCAGCGCUCGACUUGGACGCUGUUGCAGACAACUUCGGCAAAGCCUAUCCCAGACUUCGCCCCGCUCUACAAGGACGAUCCCUCCGGCCCUAAGAUCGUCGACUUCUCCAUUAACCUCGUCCCUCCCCAUGGUUCUUCUCUCGAAUCCGCCACCCAUGCGCUCCUCCUCCACGAACCCCCGCAGUUCCUCUCUAUUAAUCAGACGCUCAACGAAGCUUAUAAAAAGCCCGCCGUUAUAUCUAUCGAAACAAAGAAGGGUUUCUAUGAAGAAGAGGACGCCAGGUUUAAGCUGGGCAUGUGGGUGGCCGCGUGGCAGAAUCGGGUCGCUGCAUUACGACUCACAGAGAAACUGGUGUGCACGCCUUUGCCAGGCUUGAUUGUAUUUGGGCAUGAGUGGUGGCUGUACUGGGUUGUCGAUCAGGAGACAUCUGUGGAUAUUAUUGAGUUUCCUAUUAGUAUUGGAUGCACAAGGACUAUUACUGGCUGUUAUCGAUUGCUGGCUGUUAUUCGGUACUUGUUGGGUGUGUGGAUACCGGAGACUUUUCUGCCAUGGUUCAAAGAUAAAGUCUUGGGUCUGCAAGAAGAAGCAGACAGCAUUACUUUUGGAACUGAUUGCGUUGUACCCAUUCCUUGGAUAUCCCCUGAUCAAUAUAGCCACCUUCUUACUGGCCCAGCCAUGAUUGGCACAUAUGAGAAUGGUGAGGUGGAUGAGAACCGUAAGCAAGCGCGUGCGGACCCCAACCAGAGUCUGAAAGAGGUCUUUGGUAUCGACAACAUUUUCACCAACAAGACCGACAAGAAAAAGCCUUUCAUUGAAAAGGUUGAAAAAAUAAUGUGGGAGGCCAUGAAAGCGAACAGUUUUAGGGAUGAUGGAGACUGGCGCGACCUGCGUAAUCAAGCCAUCGUCUUCUUCGAUGAGUAUAUGAAGGAGUGUGAUACUGAACUUAUCAACCUUGCCGAGCUCACUCAAUUCAUCGUCUUAAAGCAGUCCCUCUGGUACCUCUUUGAGAGCGCUCAAGAAGCCCUGGAAACAAGCAAAACGCAGUUCAACGACGUCAAGUUUAUUGGUCGUCGCAUUAAUGAACUUUGGAUCCAGUCCAAGAUGACAGAAGCCGAGCUAGACGGAGCGAAGCCACCCAUAUGGAGCGAUGAGAAAGACCUUCAUGCCGCACUACGCCGAGUGACUAUCAGCAAAAAGACUUUCGACAUGCCAGGCAUGUUCCCUGAAGAUGUAACCGACGACAAGCCUGGAGAUACGACAACACUCGAUCCGACCAAGCCGACUGAAAACCCGAUGAAUCUCCUUCUGCCAGCAUAUGAAACGAUGUGGCGAGUCGUCAUGCGUUGCUUCUUGGAGAUCAAGCACCGCGGUGCGCCCAACAGAUCGGAUUGGACAGCUAUCCUCAGAGGCUACCUCGAAGAUCUUGGUGACCCAAACUGCAAACCAAAUGACGCCUUUCACAAGAGCUCCGCGACAGCUAGCAGUGUGCGGCCAGUUGAGAUUGUCAAAGAAACUUUGCGUCUCUACCCCCCUACUCGUCGCGUUCAUCGAAUGUACUAUGACGAGCAGGUCGCUGCAAACAUAGAAGAGUGCCACAGGUUCGAUAUACUUGGAGGACAAGACCCUCUUACGUUCCGCCCGGAGCGCUGGCAGAACAUUUGCACCGCACAACGGCAGGACUUCUAUGACAAAGCAGCGCUAUCUGCUUCUAUUCAGACAGAUUGGUUGAAUUACCGGACCGCCAAGGAUACCCUCAAAAAUGAAGAGGCAAAAUUAGGAUAUAUGCCAUUUGCGCACUACUGUGCCGCUGAUCACCCUAAGACGAAAGAGUUUGCUUCUAAGAUGAUUGCAUUGGUCGUGGCUGUGCCCUGCAAUGGGCUCAAGGACGAGUGGGAGUUGGUCGAUCCUACGAGCCUGCCCUUGACUGGAGUACCUUUGGACUCCGAUCGCGCAGCGUACGAGGGGCUGAAGUUGAAGCGUAAGGCUUAG